AUGAGGGUUCUCCUUCGAGAAAAAGACGAGUGGAAAAUCAGCUUUCAGAAUAAAGGUGGUGAUCACGAUAGAUAUCGUUUUUUAAGGAGAAUUCAAUUGCGACAAGGCAAGACCCUUGAAGCACUUUUUACAGCUGAGGCGGGACGAGCACAAGCUCUCAUGGAUCUCAUGAAAUCGCAAUAUGGUGUCAGAAAAUCAGUUCAAUUGUCGUCAAAACCACAGAUGGAACUGAUGAUGUCUAGUAUUUCAAAACAUAUUUCGUCUCCUAAGCUAUUUCUAGCAGAGGAUUCAAAAUCAGUGAAUUUCUGGUUACUACUGAAGGGACAGCAUCUUUGGUUUGCGCAAAAGAUAAUCAGUCAUGACUUGACAUCAGUGAUUAAACAAACAUACAAAAAGAUUGGUGUGAGAGGCGUGAAUCACACCCUGGAUGAGCCAAAAGAUGAGGAGGAAUGUGCUCUUAAAGGAUUGUGUGACGCGUUUAUCGCUCCAAUUUCACACCUGAUAGAUGGUGAUGAACUCAUUAUUGUCCCUGACGGUUCAUCAUUUUUGAUUCCUUUUUCUGCCCUUGUGGAUCAGCAUUCUAGAUAUUUUUCUGAAACGGUGAGAAUCCGAUUGGUUCGAUCGUUAACAAGCUUGCUACUGCUAAAAGAGUGUCCAGAGAGCCGCCAUAGUACAUCUGGUGCACUGCUGGUUGGUAAUCCAUGGGUGGAAACUGUACGCAUCAAAGGCUGUAAACCAUUUCCACAGCUUCCAGGUGCUGAGGAAGAGGUAAAAAUGAUUGGAGAGAUUCUAAAUAUCGAGCCUCUCACCGGUAAGAACGCUACAAAAGAUCAAGUCUUAACCAGGCUCAACUCAGUUUCUUUAGUACACAUUGCAGCUCAUGGUUGUCCAGAAACAGGAGAAAUCAUACUAUCUCCAAAUCUUGCUAGUUCGGACAAACCCGGAGAGAAAGACUUUCUUUUGACUAUGGCAGAAGUGCUGGAUGCACAACUGGGAGCCAAGCUUGUUGUCUUAAGCUGCUGCUACAGUGCACGAGGGGAGAUAAACGCAGAAGGCGUGGUUGGAAUUACACGUGCCUUUUUAGGAGUCGGGGCACGUUCUGUUGUUGCGUCUCUGUGGGAGAUUAGUGACGAAGCCACUCGAGAGACACUUUUACGAACAUUUGCUUGCAGGGAAAAGUGCAAGUAG